CUCCGGAAGUGGCUUGCUCCCGGUUCCAGGUUCGCAGAGCUGUGAGGUGUUCAGCAUUAUUUAAGAUCACCUAUGCAUCAUCUGAAGUCACAAUCCCAGGUCAUCUUCAUCACCUUCCCCAGUGGAAUGCCUCCUGUGUUAAAGCCCACAACAACCCCUGUGGUCUCUGCUGUUUCCUCCUGACAUCAAGGAACAACCAUGUCAUCAGAAUCCAGCAAAAAACGGAAGCCCAAAGUCAUCCGAAGUGAUGGAGCCCCAGCUGAAGGAAAGCGGAAUCGAUCUGACACUGAGCAGGAAGGUAAAUACUACAGUGAGGAGGCCGAGGUGGAUCUGCGGGACCCUGGCAGAGACUAUGAGUUAUACAAGUACACCUGCCAGGAGCUACAGAGGCUGAUGGCUGAGAUCCAAGACUUGAAGAGCAGGGGUGGCAAGGAUGUGGCAAUCGAAAUCGAAGAACGGAGGAUUCAGAGCUGUGUGCAUUUCAUGACUCUAAAGAAGCUUAACCGAUUAGCCCACAUCAGGUUGAAGAAAGGAAGAGAUCAGACCCACGAGGCUAAGCAGAAAGUAGAUGCCUAUCACCUGCAGCUCCAGAACCUGUUGUAUGAGGUGAUGCACCUACAGAAGGAGAUCACCAAAUGUUUGGAGUUUAAGUCAAAGCACGAAGAAAUUGAUCUGGUCAGUUUAGAGGAGUUUUAUAAUGAGGCUCCACCAGAUAUCAGCAAGGCCGAAGUCACCAUGGGAGACCCUCACCAGCAAACACUGGCACGUCUGGACUGGGAGCUGGAGCAACGGAAAAGGCUGGCAGAGAAGUACCGAGAGUGCCUAUCCAACAAGGAGAAGAUUCUCAAGGAGAUUGAGGUGAAGAAGGAGUACUUGAGCAGCCUCCAGCCCCGCCUCAACAGCAUCAUGCAGGCGCUGCCAGACGCCAUGUCACCCUUUGAGAUUUGCCAGGUCUAUUACCCUAAAUUAGAGUAUACUUAUGUUGAAGAAAGAUGUUGGCUGCAUUCUCACUGUGGACUGUUUUCCUUUUCUAGUGACUUGCUGUCUCCUGACUCAGUCCUGAGUUGCUUGUAUCCUGGGGAUCAUGGAAAGAAAACUCCGAAUCCAGCCAAUCAGUAUCAGUUUGAUAAAGUUGGCAUCCUGACUUUGAGCGACUAUGUACUUGAGCUAGGUCACCCCUACUUGUGGGUACAGAAGCUUGGUGGCCUCCACUUCCCCAAAGAGCAGCCCCAGCAAACAGUGAUUGCUGACCACUCGCUGAGCGCCAGCCACAUGGAGACCACCAUGAAACUUCUGAAGACCAGGGUGCAGUCCCGCCUGGCCCUCCACAAACAGUUUGCAUCGCUAGAACAUGGCAUUGUACCAGUUACCAGUGAUUGCCAGUACCUCUUCCCUGCCAAGGUUGUGUCUCGCCUGGUGAAAUGGGUGACAAUUGCCCAUGAGGAUUACAUGGAGCUGCAUUUCACCAAAGACAUUGUGGAUGCGGGACUGGCUGGGGACACCAAUCUCUACUACAUGGCACUCAUUGAAAGGGGCACAGCCAAACUGCAGGCUGCUGUGGUGUUGAACCCUGGCUACUCCUCCAUCCCACCUGUUUUCCAGCUCUGUUUGAACUGGAAAGGGGAGAAAACCAACAGCAACGAUGACAACAUUCGGGCCAUGGAGGGUGAAGUCAAUGUGUGCUACAAGGAGCUGUGUGGCCCUUGGCCCAGCCACCAGCUAUUGACCAACCAGCUGCAGCGGCUGUGUGUGCUGCUGGAUGUUUACCUGGAGACCGAGAGCCAUGACGACAGUGUGGAGGGGCCCAAGGAAUUUCCCCAGGAGAAGAUGUGUCUGCGGCUCUUCAGGGGUCCCAGCAGGAUGAAGCCAUUUAAAUACAACCAUCCUCAGGGAUUCUUCAGCCAUCGCUGACCUCCCGCCCAGCCUGUUAUUUCCCCCAAGGCCUCACCCUGAGUACUGGGCUUCUGCUUUCUGCUGUGGCCCACAUGUGACUCUUGAUAUUCUCUAAAGACACCAGCCGAUUAAAAAGCGUCACCUGA